AUGUGCAACAGGGUGGAAGUGGAGGUCCCUUCGAGCAACAGCAGCACCAUCUUUGCGUUUGACGCGAAGGUCAAUCGACACCUAUUUACAUACGAUCGAAAUGGACGAGUUUACGAUGAGGCAAAUAGCCAUCACGUACUAUCCUUCUGGAGCAGUUCCGUGCGAGAAGAUGGAUCAUGGGAUGCGGUGCUCUUGGUCGACCCAGGACCUGGAACCCAUGUCAGAUGCUUGAAGACUGGAGAACUACAUCCGCUGCGAACGAGACUGGCUAACGAUGCAUCAAUGCCGAAACGCUUCCUUUACCCGGAGAUCGAAUCACUCCUAGAGUUGCCAGAGAACUGUUCGCAAUGGGCGACGGCACACGGUUCCAUAGGAUACCAUUGUAUGUUUGACGACACGUUGCGAGCAUUUCGAAAAGCCAAUUUGACAACGAUUGCAACCGAUGAUCCGUUGAGUGUUGUAGAGUUACCACGCAAGAUAGUCAUAUCGGCGUUGAUAGCAUAUCUUCGGCGCCGCUAUCUGAACCUCAUCAACAUUCAGAACGACAAUGCUAUCCCGCAGAUCAUGCGUCAAAACUACCUUGCCAGCUUCUCCAAGAACAGCUACUCGAACUGGAGCAGCGAAUUCUUUGACUUUAUUGUCGGCUCACAGGCGGCUAUGAAGGUCUUCGCACGCGAAAUAGACGACAACGCUGCAGCUCUUGGGCUUGAGAACACAAAAUCUGCAGCGCCACAGUGGGAAAAGGAUGGCUGGCAGGCAAUCAAAGAGUUGACUGGUGUCGUUGCGGAGACAGUCGAUGCAUUCGCACAUGGCUAUCUACAAUACGUCACCAUCCAAGAAGCGCGAGCGUCGAGUUCGAACGCGCAAAGUCUGUCCCGCAUCACAGUACUGACUAUGCUUUUUAUUCCUUUGUCCACUGUAGCAAGCAUAUUUUCUAUGGGUGGAGAGUUCCUGCCGGGUCAGGCGAAAGCUUGGAUGUUUUGGGUAGCUGCACUCCCUUUACUGGCAGUAAUUGCCUAUCUUUACUGGCGUCAGAUGGUUACCGAAGUCCUGCAGAAAAAGAAACAAAAUCUCUUGCCUCUUCACAAAGAGCAGGACUGUAAGAAGUUAUAA